AUGCAGAUGCCGAGGGGGGCGCACGCCGCGGCGGCGGCCACCGCGCUCGACGGCGGCGUGUUCGUCGCCCCCGCGGCGCUCACCUUCGCCGCGGGCGUCGUCGCGUGCGUGCUCGGCAGCGCGCUCUCCGCGUUCCUGCUCGCGUUCAUACCGACGCUGCGUGCGCUGAAGGGCGCGGCGAACGAGAUCGCGGACCUCGCGGCGACGAUUCGCGAAGAAGUCCCGGACACGCUCGCGGCGGUUCGACUCAGCGGUCUCGAGCUCACGGACUGCCUCGAGGAAGUCGGGGAGCUCACGUCCGAGGUGAACUCCGGGGUGAAGGGCACCGGGCGCGUGCUCACGAUGGGCGUGGACACCGCGGGGACGCUCGGGAAGUACGCCGCGGAGACGGUGCGGGUCGUCGUCCCCGAGGUUCGAAAACGCGCGACGCCGCUCGUGCAAAAGGCGAGGCGAGCCGCGGAGGUGAACGUGGAGCGGUCGUUAGAGGAGAACGCGCAGACGGAGGAGUACAGCGGACCCGUCGUCGUCGCCGCCGCGCGCGCGACGAAGUCCGGGGUGCAGUACGCGCGAGGGGCGUUACGAGCCGCGGGCGUCGCGCGGCAAGUCGGUCGUCUGUACAAAACCGCGAGGGAUUGGAAUCAAGCCGGCGUCGUCGAGACCCAAAACGACGGGAAGUGAAGUGAGCGCGCGCGGGUGUCUCGCGGCCGGCGCGACGACGUCUUUGUCUUCGUUUGUCUUCGCGCGAUCGAUCGCGCGUCUUUGAAUUACAUCACGAUAUCGUUU